AUGGUGCUACGAGUCAAAUUAUUCAAGCGUGAGUCCCAUAAAAUUAAAAACACUAUUUAUCUAGGUGGAUUUGAUUUUAAUCGCUCUUCUUCGCCCUUUAGUUUCCGAAAAACCGAGGAAUUAUCCUUCCUGGUGCAUCCAUCAGGUGGUAGUUUCAUCGAUGAUUCCAGUUCUCUUAAAACUGGAACCAGUAUAACAUUUCAAGAAAGUUUAGAAAGCGGAAAAAUAAAAUUUGAUGACCAAAGGGUGUUUUUUGAAGGACGAAAAUUACGAAGCUAUAAUGCAGGAACUCGAAUUUAUAGAUAUCGAAAAAAGAAGACAUUUCUCAAUGGAAAUUUUAGUGCACCUGCAGGCGUUAAUCCCUAUCAUGUUGCUUCCUCUAGUGCCAGAAAAUAUGCAGGUCCUCCUCGAUUGAUAUUUAUUUGGCCUCAAAAAACACCAACACAUGGUACAUUAUUUAGAAUAGUUGGACCUUUAAUGCAUGGAAUUUUGACUGGUCUAAUUCUUUUGGACAUAAUUCAUAUAUGGCCUGGUGAAUUUUUACCAAAAUCUUUACCUUCAUCAGUUCCACCGCCGAAACCACCAAUUAAAUGCAAUGUGAUUGAACCUCGAUGGUUUGACAGGGAUUGAUUAAUUAUAUUCAGAAUAGUAAAAGAAAUUAAAUUUAAGAUUAGAAACAACUUUUUGAGAAAAAAUUUAAUAAAAAUAAUCGUAAUUAAUAAGAUGUCGAUACGUCGAUGCAAAUCCAGCUACAGUGAAAUCAAAAAUAAUAUAUGAUUUUUGGUAAAUCUUCGACAAAAAUAUAGUUUUUUAAACCGUAACUACUAGAUAACCUGUUGAUUGACAUUUUUUAUUUUUUCGCAGAACUUUACCUGCUCUUUCGCACCUUUUCAAA